AUGCUCAAGGAAGAGGCAGAGAUGAAUUGGAUCUAUAAUCUUCUCGCCAGCGGAGGAAAUUGGGUGCUGCUCGCCGGGCCAGCAUCCUUGAAUGCAGCAGCUGGUUUGCUCACUACGAUUGUCAACGUUUGCGCUUCACAAGGUGGAGACUGGUCCGUCAUGGCUCUAGUGACAACCAUUGUCACAGGAGUCACCCUGGCUAUAUGCCUGGGACUUUCCAUCUUUUACAAGUUUUACAAAUUGCGAAAAGUGAUCCAAAGAGACGCAUACCACUCCAGCUAUUUUGAAAUAUCCAGGGUAUGCGAGGACUCCCUCAAUCGUGUGCUUGAUGAGGUUAAAGAGUGGGAUCGGGUUAUUCGGUUCUAUGUUGGAAACGACGAAUUUAGCAGCGCACAGAAUCUGGCAUCGCUUUUAGACUUGGUGAUGCAAUACUGCUGGCUAUCUGAUACAAGGACAAAUUCUGUGUGGGUGGAGGUGCUAACUGAAAAUCAAGGCGUCUUAUCUCGCUUGCAGAAAGGUAACUUUAUUCAAAAUGGCAAAGUAAAACUUACGCGUGAGCGUAAUAUUGUUAUGGAGUUCGCGCGAGACUCUAAGGCAGUACCUACUAUUGGGAGGUCUCCUUGA